GCAUUCACGAACGCAUACAUACCGAACAGCAGCCUUUAAAUUCUGCUUCAAAACAACGUUUUUGUAGCUAGGCUGCCUCCCUUCUCUUAUCAAUUCGGUAUAACAACUAUUCAAAAUGGGCAAAACUCGCGAAUUCAAGGCGGCGUACUUCACCAAAUUGAGGGACUUGAUGGCCGAGUUCCCCUCGGCCUUCAUUGUUAACGUGGACAAUGUCGGAUCUAACCAGAUGCAUCAAAUCCGACAAGCUUUACGUGGCAAGGGUAUCGUCUUGAUGGGAAAAAACACCAUGGUCCGACGAGCCAUCCGUGGUGUCCUCGCCGAGAACCCCCAGUACGAGCGUCUCUUGCCCUUGGUGAAAGGAAACAUCGGUUUCGUCUUCACGAGUGGUGACCUCAAGGAAGUUCGCGACAUCAUCACUUCCAACAAGGUUGCCGCUCCUGCCAAAGCUGGUGCCUUCGCUCCGCUCGAUGUCAUGGUUCCAGCCGGAAACACUGGAAUGGAACCCGGAAAGACUUCUUUCUUCCAAGCACUUGGUAUUCCAACCAAGAUUCAACGUGGUACCAUCGAAAUUGUGUCAGACAUCAAGAUCGUUACUGCUGGAAGUCGUGUGGGAGCCUCCGAGGCUACUUUGCUCAAUUUGCUCAAGAUCUCCCCCUUCACCUAUGGUAUGACUGUUCAGAUGAUCUACGACAACGGGAAUAUCUUCGCACCCUCAGUCCUCGAUAUCGAUGAAAAGACCUUGAUCGACAACUUCUUGUCCGGUAUCAAGACCAUCGCAGCCAUCUCGCUUGCCACCAACUACCCAACCUUGGCCUCAGUCACACACUCUCUCGUCAACAGCUACAAGAACUUGAUCUCUAUUGCUCUUGUCACUGAUUACAUGUUCGAGGGAGCUCAAAAGGCCAAAGAUUAUCUCGAGAACCCUGAGGCUUUCGCUGCUGCUGCCGCUCCCGCUGCUGCUGCCGCCCCUGCCGCCGCCGAGGCCGUCAAGGAGGCAGAGCCCGAAGAGGAGGAAGAUGAUGAUAUGGGACUUGAUCUCUUCGGAUAGAAUUCUCUCCUUCACGUUCUAUGUCACAGUGCCUCAUCCCGUCUUGUGUGUUGUUCCGCCUUGUAUCUUCUCAUCACCGCUUGAGCGGGUACUCUGUUCCCUGUGCUGCAACGAUACCAUUGCGUUUGCCCGGUCACUAUUUUAAUCACGCUGCACCG